AAGCUACUAUAGCAACAUCUCUCCCUGAAGCUACCAGUACGCUACCAAACCCCCUUCUGCCCUCCCUGCUGCACCGUUAGGACAAGUACCCCCUCUAUACCGCACUGCAAGCACUACCCUUCCAAAAACCCCCGAAGGAGCUCCAAAAAGAAACCAACAUUCCUUCUUCCCGGGGUGUCCCCCCCCUAUAAACGAAAAAAUGCCAUUAUCGUUGUUGGAUCUCCCAAAUGAAAUGGCACUAGGAAUCGCUGACGAACUUCCACCCGGAGACAUCAAUUCCUUGAUGCAGACUCACCCCCAAUUCGCCUACUUUCUAGCUCCGGCACUCAUGAAGUCAGCGUGUAGUGCGGGAUAUUGCAACUACGGAAAAAAGGCACUAUUCAGAGCAGCAAACCGAGCAGACCACUCGACAGUCAAGCGGUUGAUAUCCUACGGCCUCCUCGAUCACGUUGGCAGGGGAGUCCUCGUGGACGCCCUGCUUUAUGUGGAUGAGACAGGCAUAUGCACGCUCCUAGAAUGCGGUGUUGAAGCAAACGUGCUCAACGAGGACAACAUGACGCCACUGUGCGCGGCCGCGAUAACCGGGAACACCCCAGCUGUACGAUUGCUCGCCGCCAGGGACGACAUCAAUAUCAACGCCAAAUCACAGCACCUCAUCAAGGAUACGGUAUUGCACCUGGCUGCAGUAGGUGGGCACUUGGACAUCGUACAGUUUCUCUUGAGCCGUCCUGAGCUCAUCCGGGACGUCAGGGACUUGUUAGGUUGGUCACCACUGCAUAGGGCAUGUCGCAAUGGCAGGCCUGAGGUUGUCCAGUGUUUGCUUGAGGAUGGGGGCUUCACAGUUACAACUCCAGAUCGACGUGGAGACAGUCCGUUACACCUUGCUGCUGAGAAUGGCAAUGAAGAGGUGGUCAUCCGUCUACUACAGGAUCCUAGAACCGUUGUCAACCAGCGCGGGAAUUGGGGUCGGACACCACUUCUCACUGCUGUCAUUUCCCAAAACCUUGAAAUUAUACGGGUUCUGCUAGAAGACCCCCGGACAGACGUCAAUAUUCAGUCCGACACUGGCUGGACUCCGCUCAUUUCCGCAAUCAAAACCAAGGAUUUCAAACUGGUCCGCAUGUUGGUUACUCAAGGAAGAGAUAUCGACCUUGACGUGAAGGGAAUCGGCACGGCUUCACCACUGCAUAUCGCGACAAUGUAUGGACAGUAUGACACGGUGGAACUACUCCUAAACCAUGGUGCGAAUCCCAACGUUGAGGACCAUCGUGGAGAUUCACCCUUCGUGCUUGCGGUUAAUGGGGGGCAUGAGAAAAUCGUCAGGCUCUUUCUUUCGAGAGGAUGUGUUGACCUUGAAAAGUUGGAUAACUCUAAGAUGUCGGUCAGACUCUUCAAGGAGAGAUACAUUUACGGGAUCGUUAGGACGUUGGACCAAAUUCUUGGUAUGGCUUAACAGGGUCUACAAACAACCCAGGAAUUUAUCCUACUAUAGGCAGAAAGGUGAGUUUCCUUUAUGGGUUCAAUACACACGGGGUCCAUGGCAUUGUUAUCAUUGUUACUUUUUAAUUCCUCCUUUUCUUCCCCCAAACAAAAAAAAGAAAAAUUCCAUUGUUACUAUACCCGAUCUAUAUACAAGUACAGCCGAGGAGAGGAUUAUGGCAAUUACUGUGAAGACGGGGGGAGGAGAAUACCUGGGGUGAAUUAUUUUUAGCUGGACAGACCGGAACACCUUGACGGUUAUUUUUUCAUGGGUCUCUUCCAAGGGCGGGUACAAGCGGGAGCAACCGGCGAACGCAUCAGUCAGUCAAUUGUGGGGAACAGUUAUAAUCACAGGGGAAAGAUAGUCGUUUUUGAGUUUUCAUUUUCACUCUUUUUUACCACCUUUUGCUUCCACCUUUUUUCCUUCUUUUUUCCUUUGCAAAAAAUAAAAAAAACCCCCUUUGGCCAUGAUAUCAUAGGAAUUUUUUUCUUUCCGAAAGAGAGAAAAAAAGAAGAAGAAAAGGAAAUGAGGGGAAAACAGAAGGACCCCAGUAUACAUACUGCGGUGCCGUUAGUUCACCCACCCUAUAGCCCUCCCACUAUGAUAAUACCAAAGAUUACAUAUAUCAAGUUAACGUAC